AUGUUUGCUGGCGAAGUACACGUCCUGUUACUUGGCAUCGACAAGGCGCAACGCUGCCACAAUAGCAACCUUGCCCUCACGUCCAGACGAACGCCGUUGCCCCGUUCAGGUCGGGCUGUAAACACGCAGCGGCGCGCGCCGCCUCGGGACGCGGCUUCAAAACUCCAGCUCCAAAUGGAAACGUCAAACACAUCGAGCAAACAUGUUUGCUUUCUAGUGCACGGACUGCAGGGAGCACCCGGCGACCUUACGUACCUCGCGCACGCACUGCAGCAGCGUGGCUUGCUGGUGCACACCGUGCAGUGCAACUGGCGUCGCACCACCGACGGGAUCAGUUCAGGUGGCAAGCGUGUCGCUGCGGAAAUAGAGCACGUUGUUGCUGACUAUCGGUCGCGGCUUCAGUGGAUCUCGCUCGUCGGUUUUAGCCUCGGCGGACUGUAUGUGCGGAGCGCCCUCGAGACGCUGUUCGAUGACACCGAAGGAACUACGAAGGUCGCGGGUCUGGAGCCGCACACCCUCAUCUGUAUUGCCACACCUCAUUUAGGCGUGAGCAGCUAUGGUUUGUUGCGAUACUGCCCCCGAUGGAGCCACUUUUUAGCUGGCGUCUUCGCAGGGCAAACCGGUCGCGAACUCUUUCUACUGGACGAGGAACAGGAACCUCUCCUACUCCGAAUGGCGCAACAUCGGGCAGCACUCAGAGCGAUGGCUGCUUUCAGCGUUCGCCUACUUGUGGCGAACCUGAGUUACGACCUCAUGGUGAAUGCCGGCACAUCCUUGGUUUUGCCCGAUGAGCGUCGAUAUCGAGUGCCAGUUACAACCUAUGAGGCGACUUGCAUUCACCAGGCGCCGCAUGUGCGUAUCUGGCAGCUCCGGCCUGAAGCGAUUAGCGCUUCGUCGCGUCCGGAGACUUUGCAACUGAAACCGGACGUCGCGGGUGCAUCAGUGCUUGUAUCGCCUUUUUCUAGUGGUGCACGAGUGCUCUACCUAUUGCGAAGCUUCGUCUAUUUCUGUGGCGCGUGGCUGGUGAUCCUCUGCACAUGGGACCAGAAAACGAAGAAGAAGAAGAAGAACGUGCAGCACUCGGGCGGAAGCGAUCGCGAGGACAUUGAGCGUCGCAUGGCGUCUGCACUGAACCAGGUCUCUUGGGACCGCUACGCAGUCGAAUUCGAUGCUCCAUGGAUACCCGCUCAUAAUCGGAUUGUGGCAUGGAGCCGCAAUGAUUUCGGGGCGUGGCUGUGGCGACAUGGUCGCCCUGUUGUCGACCAUAUCGCGACGCAUGUGGAAAACUGCCCAUCCGCGCAACUUGUCGAUGCGGACGUCGACCGUAGCGGAACAUCCAACUCGCCCAUAGACGCUGAGCCACAAGUCUCAUAG